ACCAUGGCUAGGAAGGGUGACGCCUCCGCCUCCCUUUACGGUGAACCAAGGAAAUUUGACCCAAAGUUCAGAGGACCUAUUCACAACAGGCAUUGUACAGAUGUUCUCUGCUGUGCCAUUUUUGUAGUGGUCAUCCUGGGUUACAUUGCUUUAGGAAUUGUGGCUUGGGUGCACGGUGACCCCAGAAAAGUGGCCUAUCCUACUGACAGCUAUGGACAGUUCUGUGGUCAAAAAGACACGCCUAAUGAGAACAAGACAAUUUUAUUUUACUUUAAUAUUCUAAAAUGUGCCAGCCCUAUAGUGCUUAUAAACCUCCAGUGCCCUACAACACAGCUUUGUGUCUCAAAGUGCCCAGACAGGUUUGCAACCUACAUAGACAUGCAAUCAUCCUACAGAUAUAACAAAAGUUAUUGGGAGUACUACAGACAGUUUUGCAAGCCUGGCUUUAAUAAGCCGUGGAAGUCUGUGGCCCAAGUUAUGCGUGAUGAAGAUUGUCCUUCCAUGAUCAUUCCAAGUCGGCCUUUUCUUAAGAGAUGUUUUCCUGAUUUCUCCACUAAAAAUGGUGUUCUUACUGUGGCCAAUCGAACUACUUUCAUUGAUGGAAGAGGAAAAACAAGAAAUGUGACUGAUCUCAGGGAAGCUGCAAAUGGCAUCAAUAACGUUCUUGAUGCAAGAUCAAUUGGAAUGAAAAUUUUUGAAGACUAUGCUAGUUCUUGGUAUUGGAUUUUAAUAGGUUUGUUCAUUGCAAUGGUUGUCAGCUUGCUCUUCCUGGUUCUUCUGAGGUUCACAGCAGGAGUCCUCUUUUGGAUUUUCAUCUUUGGUGUCAUUGGGAUUAUAGGAUAUGGCAUCUGGCAUUGCUAUUGGGAAUAUCACCGCCUUCAUGGCAUACCUGGCUCUGAUCUCACCAUCUAUGAUAUUGGAUUCCAGACUGACUUCAGAGUAUAUCUGCAACUGAGGCAAACAUGGUUAGCAUUUAUGAUACUACUUUGCAUAGUGGAAGUUGUCAUUAUACUGAUGUUAAUAUUUCUGAGAAAUCGAAUCCGAAUAGCUAUUGCACUUUUGAAGGAAGGUAGCAGGGCCAUUGGCUACAUCAUGUCUACAUUAUUCUACCCAAUCGUUACCUUCAUUCUUAUUGCAAUCUGUAUUUCCUACUGGGCGGUGACUGCUGUCUUCUUAGCUACAUCAGGUGAACCAGUGUAUAAAGUCAUGGCUAAUCAAACCCUGUGCAAGUAUGCAAAUCUGACCUGUUACCCAGAGACUUUCAACAUGACAAAUGUGACCAAGCUAUGUCCAGGGGCCCAAUGUACAUUUGCUUUCUAUGGUGGAGAAAGCCUAUACCACAGAUACAUCUUUGUCUUUCAGUUCAGCAAUAUAUUUGUCUUUCUAUGGCUAGUAAAUUUUGCAAUUGCACUGGGUCAAUGUGCCCUUGCAGGUGCCUUUGCCUCUUACUAUUGGGCCUUUAGAAAACCUGCAGACAUUCCAGCAUGCCCACUGUUUGCUUCAUUUGGACGAGCAAUACGAUAUCAUACAGGCUCCCUAGCAUUUGGCUCCUUAAUUCUUGCAGUAGUCCAACUGAUACGAGUAAUCUUGGAAUACUUGGAUCACAAACUGAAAGGAUCACAGAAUGCCUUUGCUAAGUUCUUGCUUUGCUGCUUCAAAUGCUGUUUUUGGUGCCUGGAAAAAUUCCUUAAGUUUAUCAACAGAAAUGCCUACAUUAUGAUUGCAAUAUAUGGUAAAAACUUCUGCACUUCGGCAAAGGAAGCUUUCUUUCUGCUCAUGAGAAACGUGGUGAGAGUUGCCGUGCUGGACAAAGUGACAGACUUCUUACUAUUCCUAGGCAAAAUUCUUGUUGCUGGAAGUGUGGGUGUUCUAGCCUUCUUUUUCUUCACACGUAGGAUACCAGUAUUCACACAAGAAGCACCGUCUCUGAAUUAUUAUUGGGUUCCUCUCUUGACUGUCAUUAUAGGCUCUUACCUAGUUGCACAUGGAUUCUUCAGUGUCUAUGCAAUGUGUGUUGACACGCUCUUCCUCUGCUUUUGUGAAGACUUGGAAAGGAAUGACGGAUCUACAGCAAAGCCCUACUACAUGUCAGCCAGUCUUCACCGGAUUCUGGGAAAGAAGGAACUGAGUCCUAAGAAGUUAUUGGGAUAAUGUUAAAAGAAUAUUCAUGAAUAUGGCAAUGGUGUCAGUUUCAAGGAAGGGAGGAGAACAAGAUGCAUAUAAUUGAGACAAUUUUUUUUUUAAAAAAAUGUAAAGUAAGCUUCUGGCUAAUGAAUGAUCAGAGGUUUUUUCUUUGUACUAUCAUAAAAAUGAACAAAUGGGCAAAUUUAAACUAAAUCUUUAACAGCUGUGAAACAAGGCCGCAUAGUUUUUAUAGAGUGCCUAUGAGAAAUGUACAUGUGAAGCAUUUUUUAUCUUUAGCUCUUAGUGUUUUAAUAACUUUUCUAACUCAAGAUUUUGCUGUUUGAAAUGACAGCCAUUUUGAUAACUUUUUAUAGGUGUAUAUUUGUAAAGGAUAUUCAGGCAUUUUUUGAAAACACUACGGUGUAUCCUAAUUAGCCAUAAAAAAUAUCAAAACUAUAAAUAACCAGCAGAUAGUCUAAAUUUGUAAUUAUGGUGCUAUGGCUGUAUUUUUACUAUACAUGCUAGCUGAUAGCUGUUUAAAACUGUGAUUAAAACGUAUUACUGAUUCCCUUUGAAGAAGGGUACAUUAUGACAGCCACCUCUAUUGCAGAAAAAGGCAUUAGUAUCAUACUGGUUCAGCUCAAAGAAGGUAAUGAAAAGAGUUCUGCUAAUUGUUGAAAUUGUGUUUUUAAUGAUAAACCAUUUAAGAAGAGUGCUGUGCCAGAGAUAUCAGUUUAGGGAGGUCCUUUUUACCUGCAGAAAAAAAGACAAGAGUUUCUGUUUUUAAUCUGAUGCUAUAUCAAAUCUGCAUAAUGUGUGUUUGGUACAAACUCACACUGGCUAGAUACUAAAUUUAAUGUUCCACAUAGCAAAUCUGUUUGAACCUGGUUCAUAAUAACAAAUUCAGUUUUCACUAUUUUAAACAUUCCAGUCAUAAGAAUGCCAUACUGUUUGUAAAUGCCACAGAACAGUAGAUUGUAUCCUGUAGCAGCAUGAGGAGAAGGCUUUCCUUGCCUUUGCAUUCUCAUUUUUCUGUGACCCUAGAAAAGGCAUUUCUGUGGGUUAUGGUACCCUGUGGAUGAAAAUCCACGUGGCACUGGUGUUGCAGUAACUAGGAGGAAUCAGCAACUUUUCUUCUACUUCUCUGUUGCAGAUUGUACUAGCUUGGUGAAGAAAGCUUGACAAAGCAAAGUGUACCAUAGGGAUAAGAAUGUCAAACUGGGAUCUGGGAAACCUGAGUUUGAAUCCCUGCUCUGCCAUGGAAGCUCAUUUGGUGACUUGGGGCCUGAAGACUCUCAUCCUAAGCUAAGGGUGGUGGUUAUGUGGAUAAUAUAGAGGAGAGGAGAAUCAUGUGGUGAGCCACUUUGGGCCCCCAUUGGGUUGAAAAGCAGGAUAUAAAUAAAAAUAAGGAAGGACUCUUAAUGUCUAUUAGCUUUUUUACAUGUGAGUCCCAUAAGUGCCAGCAAUACCUACAUUAGGAAAGAAGAAGUAGGAAAAAUCAUUCCAAGGAUUCAUUCCAUUGUGUUAUGGCCACUGUCCUAAGUCACUUGCUUAAACUCAGUGGGACUUAUUUUGAAUAACUACUGAGAUCAGAGACCUAUUCACAUAACCACGUUCCAUUAUCAGCUUUGUAAGGCAAAGGACCAAUAAGUUCAUGAUAUUUUGUAACCAUAACGGGAAAGCAUUAACUGUGCAGAUUAUAAAUGCAUGGGAAGACAUCAUAGUAGCCCCAAUACAUGAAUGCCAAAUCUAUUUUACUAUGUGUGCUUGUUGAUGAAAGCUAAUCAGGGAACAAAAUCUUAGAAAACAUCCUCUCUAGCUAAGGUUUGCUCCAAUGUAACAUACUUUUUCCAAAAUUGCACUUCUCUGCUGGAUAGCGUUACCUACUGUUCUUUUGUUCCUGAUAAUAGGAGGCUUUUGAAGUGAGAAUAUAUUCUGAUUUUCAUUACCCUGUGAACACUGUGAUACAUUAAGAUAGAACUGGCUACAUUUGUGGACAGAAGAUUGAGAAUUUGGAUUGAAAAAUGACUAUUUGGGCUACUUUUUUUUAAAAAAAAGCAGAAAGACAAUUCUUUUAGCAUGUAGAGCUCAAAAUCCCCCCAUUGGAACUUCCCAAAAAUGUAACUCAGGUGAAUAGUUAGAACAUGACACAGCUGUAGUUUUUUAGUGGAAUAAAAUGGCACUGUCUUAAUGCUGUCUCUGGCUGUAGGGUAAGAAUUCAUCUGCUGGGCAGCCUUCAAGAAGGCUAGCACAAAGUCUGGUGGAUUUUUGUACUCUUUGAUUGCAAUUUUACAAACACUUUCAUGGAAAUAAGUAGAAUAUAUCUGCUUAAAUUUGAGUUAGAGUGUUUUGUAUUCUGGGGUAUUUGAGAAAACUUUACCCCAAAUAUAUUUUAUAGUUUGGUAUGCAGUAAAAAAAAAUGCGUAUUUCAAGAUGCAUGUUCUCAUCAGGUGAAUGUAGUUGAAGCAUUUAAUAAGCUGACACAGUAGAAACAAUACAAACUAUCAUUCAAUUUGUAGGUUUCAAGCCAAGAGUUUUUUCGUAACAAACUGGGUUAAUAUCUUAAUUGAAUACACAACAUGCUACAAAUAAUAGUAAUGCUACCCUUUACCAUUCUUUGAAAAGUCCAAAAUACACCAGUUCAGCUUGAGGUGUCAGCUGUUAACUCUGGAAGCAGAUUCACAUCCUCUGCACAUUAGCAUUCUCUAGUGGCUCCACUUUACAGAAUAGUCCACCUGAGGAGGUUAGGAAAUCUCCCACUCUCCUGGCGUUCCGUAAAUGAUGCAAAACUGAAGAAGGCUUUUUGCUCAGAUGGGAGGGCUGUAGGGUAAGGAAGUGGUCUCAAGAGAUCCAUCAGUAAAGGAAUAAGGAGGGUCCACAGUCUUCACUACUAUUCCUGUAAACAGUACCAUAAACUUCACUACUUUUGCUAUAAAUAUCCUACUGGGUAGUUCCCAUGUUGUUUAAUAUAUAAGUCAUGUAAUGUGCUUAUGCUCAACACUACACCAAACUGAGAGAAACUUAACCACUACACCAAACUGGGAGCCAGUUUGGUGUAGUGGUUAAGAGCACAGGACGAUAAUCUGGAGAACCGGGUUUGAUUCCCCACUCCUCCACUGGAAGCCAGCUGGGUGACCUUGGGUCAGUCGCAGCUUCUAGGAGCUCUCUCAGCCCUACCCAACUCACAGGGUGUUUGUUCUUGUGGGGAUAAUAGUGACAUACUUUGUAAACCGCUCUGAGUGGGUGUUAAGUCAUCCUGAAGGGCGGUAUAUAAAUCAAAUGUUGUUGUUGUUGUUGUUGUUGUUAACAUUGUUAAAUCUUUCCCUUUAAAUCUUGCAAAAUUGCACAUAUAUACAAAUUACAUGUAUAUCAAAAUGUCCUUGAUAUUGAUUGUAUUGACUCAAACUGUGUAAUCUGCCUUGAGUCUCAAUGAGAAAGGCAGACAAUAAAUGGCAUAAAUAAAAAAUAAUAAUAAAUAAAUCACACCAAUAGGGCUUAAAUAAGUGUCAAUAUGCAUUCGCCAGGAAUACAUAAGUUUUUUUAUGCAUGCAGAUCUCUCUUUCUGGAUUGUGCCUGUAGGAGUCAAUCCAGCACAGAGUUUAGGUAAACUCUCAGACAUAAAUGUACCUAAUUAUGCUGGAUUUUGGCCUUCAGGCAAUCUAGCUUCUUUUGAUAUCAGUGAUCACAUGAUUUCAAUAGAGUAGAAUUGCAGUAUGAUGAUGAUUUGAUGCACCAACAUACAAAUAUUUCAGAUUGGAUGUAUGAGCAGCUGUGCCAGGAAUAUAUCCCAAAACAUAACAUUAUGCAGACACCACUAGCAGUAAAGUUUAGGAUCCAUGUGAAGUGUCUCUGACAAAUGUUUUUGAAGAGAACAUUCUAUAGCCAUUUUAUUAAAUUAAUUGAGCAAUUGAACUGUGAAAAUGCAAAGCAAUAGCACUGAAAUUUGGCAGUUUGUUCAUCAUACAAUAAAUUAUUGAAAGAGUAAACUUGGUAGAAAAGCAAAAAUCCUGAAUAUCUUUCUCAGAAAUGAGCAUUAAUGUGCAAACUAAGUAAUAAUUUAUUUUUGAAAAACAAAUUAAACUUGAUUGUGUUUCUUAAUCCUUGGGCCAAAAUUCUGCUGUUUAAUAUAAAUGUUGGUUUUAUGCAUAAUGUGCUUUAACAUAAAGCUAAAGCUUAAUAAAAUGCACUUUGUCGCUUUAGAAGUCGAGUAUGGGACGAAUCAUUUUAUGGCGAGUUAAUAAAUUUUAAAUAGGCUUUGAUACUGCAUCCAUUCAAGCCACUGGUAAGACAAAUGUCUCUUUGGAUGAACUGGUGCAGCGUCUGGCCCAAACAUUGACAAAGGGCUGAUUAUAUUAUUAUAGCUGUGUUUACAGUAUAGUAAAUGCCAAAACAUCCAUUAUUAAAAAUAUACUGAGGCUGUCGUGUAGAAAAGGGCCAGAAGGUGGCAGGAUUGCUCUCAUACUGUGUGGAUUUGAUCAUUUGCUUUCUGCCAAUUCUUCCUCCUAUUGGAAGAUUUGGAAAGUUAUGAUGGCUCUGCUGAAAGGCCUUAUUGCAUGAGUAAAUCUCUGCUGAGGAUUCUGAACAAGCAGAACAUGCCAGCCAAGAGACAGUAGCGAAUGCCCACUGUCUUAACCACACAACUGCGUUCGGUUCAAUGCAUCGUUUCUUCAAUAUAGUGUUUGUCGGCUUUUAUUUGCGCAUGUUUUAUACCAAAGCUAUUGUACAUGUGAAGCCAUCAAAAAUUUUAAUGAUAUUGUUUUUUAAAAAAUUCAGCAAAAAAGGGAGCAUUUUUUAUACUGAGAUUUUCUUUUUCUUUUUUACUUUAAUUCUUGUUGCUUGGUCAUUUUGGAGUGAAGGAAUAUUGAACAUGCUGGCUUUUUAUUUUUUAAAAUAUAAGAUGUGAAAUGUUUUGCUAUUGCAAGUCUAGAACAAAUUUCAGAAAACACGUGAGGGUUUCUUGAAAAAGAAAAUUGGUUACUAUCCCUGUCCAAAUGUCAUAGAAUACAUAAAUGUCUCUUGAGUCUGUUGAUAGUCUCGUCAGUCUUUUCACCUGUAUAGCUGUGUGCUCUGUGAUCAAGUGCCUUACUGGCUAUUGGUAUUAACUAGUUUAUGAUUUAAAGUUUACAAGCACCAUUUGAACCACAAAGCAACCCUUACUUGGUAAAAAAAAUAAAACUCUUUCUUUACUUGAAACAUGUGGGUAUAAAAUCAGUUAUUUGCCCCUGUGCAAAUUACUUUCUGUAUCUACCAUUUCCUAAUGUUCUAUUGUCGUGUGCUUGAAAAAGAAAGCAGUAGCGAAUGAUACGCUUUGUAGCAUUGUUAAGAAUGCUUGGGUUUUGUGUGUUUAGCUUUAUCUGUGAUUAAUUUAUGGUACAAGGAACUCUUUUAAAAAAACAAGGCCUAGGUCAUAAAAUUCUCAUUUUAGGGAGACUGUUUAUAUAGGUUGAAGUAGGGCUCUGAUGUGCUGCUUCCAUACAUCCAUUCCCCUCUCCCAAAGCCUUGAAGUUAUCCUGUUCACAGUUCAUUCUGUUCCAUGUAAAAAAGGGGUGCAAUCCACAUAUGGGAAAAGAUAUGCAAAAUUCUGAACAAAGUGGUACCUCGUUUUCUUUUAGUACUUCACAAAAAGCUGUGAUUAAACCAAGAGACUAGAAGUGUUGUCAUCUUUUCAGCCAGAUUUAACAGUGUCUUGAUCAGCCACACAUUAGCAGAUAAUUUUAAUUUGUAUGAACUGAAAAGUUUGACCUGCAAAUUCCUGCAGAGCAAAUUUCUAUUGAAAAUGCAGCUAAAUUAGCAGUUCAGUUGGUACCUACCCUAAGAUCUAGCCAUAGAACUGGUGUUUCUACUUAAUAAUCUUGUAAAAUGUUUGCAGGAUAUUUAUUUUCUGUUUGCACAGAUGAUAAAGCUAUUCUGCAGGGACAGAAAUAAAUGUUACAACCUGGGUGGUGACUUAGCUCUAGUACCGCUGUUCCAUAACAUAGGGAAACUUUUUUCAUGGAAACACCUUUGCAUAUACCACAAUCAGAGUUACUAACCACAGUAAAUUACUAAUGUGGUGUGUAAAUAUUCCUAACUGGAACUAAUAACAAUAGUGGUAUGCCAAGAGUGUUGUAGGUAUGAUCAAAAGGUGCUUCUCUCUAUUGGGCCCAAAGCAAGGGGCUAGGCAAAUCAGGUUGCAAAUUUUGAAAUACUUUUUUCAGAUUAGUUUCCAGUGAUAUCCCACUGAAGUUAAUUAGGCUACUCAAUGAGAAAAUGCUUUCAAGCUGCAGCCUCAUACCGCAGUCCCAAACACCUUUACUUGUCAAUAAAUCUCACUGAUUUCAGUGGAUCUUGUGUCCAAGAAAGUGUGCUUAAGAUUACAGAACUGAGAGGAGGCUUGGUUAAAGUGGACCGUAGCUUAAUUUUAGGGUCCCUGUACAAGGAUUUGCACCAGUACAGAACAGGAUAUGUUGGUUAACCAAUCUGAAAGGGACUGGUCUGGCUCCUGUGUGAGUUAAUAGGACUAAGCUUUUGCUGUUUAUGUUAGAAGAAGGGGAAACCAAGAAGGUGCAUAUUUGAAGCAGUGUAAACUGUUGCUUUGUUAACCAUCGUAAAGUGGGUGUUUUGUUUUGAAGACUUGUUUAUUUACUAUUAGGAAGAGAUGUUAUUUUAUAAAAUGACUCACUUUUCUAACUUUUGAACCAGAUUAUUACUUCCCUUACAAACUAUUGAUAAUUUGCACUUCACAGUAAUAAAACUGAGGACAUAAUGGUAUUUCAUAGUUUUGAGAUGUAUUACUAACAGCACUAAUACGGAUCACUAAUGCAGUCAAUGUAAAAAGAGUCUAUUGGCAUCCCAAAUAUGUACUGGUAACUUGCAUUGAGCAAACUAACGAAAACUUGUCAGUUUCUCCCUGUGAUCACAUUUCUAUUUUAAAUGUGAUGUUUAAACCUGUUUGGUUUUUCUUUCUCUUGUGCCCAAAUCAAAUUAACAUGAGCACAUGGCUGUCUGAGCUCUAAAAUAUUUUUUGCUUCUGCUGUGCAGAAAUACUAGAAACAUAUUGUUAAAAAUAUCUUUUCAGAACUAAAGUAUUUAAUAGUUAACAUGAUUGUUAAUUGUUUUACAGCU